GUUUAUCAAAACAGAGCAACAUUAAAAAUUAGAAGAUGAUAUUCCUGGGCGAAAGUAGAAGAGGCCCAGAGGAGACCAUCGAAUAAAAAGUUUGUCAAAAUAGACAAAAAACGGAGAGAGGAAAAUACGCGGAUUUCAAUUUACAACCCGAAGCUUCGCGGUGUGUUUAUAUUUGAAAUUACCAUACGAAGUUUGUGCAAGCGUGGUAUACCAAUCGUCGUCGUCUUUUGGGGCUUCUUUCUGCGGUUAAAGAUGUUACAUUUUGAGCUAAUGCUUGGUCAAAGCCAACCAUAAAUAAACUACGUUAUCUGUAUCUUAUCGGGGGAGCCACGAGGCAGAAGGAAGUAUGAUAAUGCGGAAAGGCGAAAGUAAAUGAAAUAUGUCCGAGGAAACGGAGGAAAAUCUACAAGCUCUUAGGAAACGGGAUCGCAUUAUUAUUAAUUGCGGUGGGGUCCGCCAUGAAACAUACAGGAGUACUCUUCGAAACUUUCCGAGCACUCGGCUCGCCUGGUGCACCGAAAACGUUCAAAAUAUUGCCAAUGAUUACGAUCCUGACAAGAACGAAGUUUUUUUCGAUCGCCAUCCAGGAGUAUUCGCAGCCAUAAUAAACUACUACCGUACCGGCAAGUUGCAUAGUCCGCAUGAUGUCUGUGGUCCUUUAUUUGAAGAGGAGCUCGCUUUUUGGGGAAUCGAUGAAAAACAGAUGGAGCCCUGUUGUUGGACGUAUUAUACGCAACAUAGAGAGGCGCAGGAGAACUUAAAAUUCUUUGAAGCGGCGGAGAUGUCGGCUGAAGAAGAUUACGACCACGACUCAGAGCUUGGUGAUGUAAUGUCGGAUAGUCAAGUUGAGAAUUUAGGUGGUGAGGAAUCAUGUUGGCAGAAAUAUAAACCAAGGAUUUGGAAAGUAUUGGAACACCAACGAUCGUCUAGAUUGGCAAAAGUAAGUUAAACCAUAAGUAAAACUAGAGAAUGAUGUAUUGUAAAAGUGAACCCCAUUACAGACAGUUAUGAUUUAGUGUUUAACGAUCGGACUCUUUCAGUUUUUCUCUGCCUUAAAAAAAUGGCAUUUGUUUAUGCGUUAAUUCGAGGUAUCGCGUUGUUAAAAGAAAUGGCAUCUCCAGUUUUAAAAAUAAAUGGGGAAGAUUUAGGGAACUUAAGUUGGUUUGGCGUCAUGAUUUCAUACGGCUAUUUAGGAACGAUUGAGAAAAUUAUGUUGUUGAUCGAUAGCCAGGAAGUUAACUGAGGAUACACAGCCUGAGGACUGAGUAAAAGAAGAUCAAAUUCACCAUGAUUCUUAAACAUAUUUUCAGUAAAAAAUGUUUCAGUCUCUAGUUAUUCUGUUGGUUUUUAGAAAAAGCUGAAUUGCCAUAAAAUUGGGCAGUUCAAUGGCUCCUAAUAAUUGUCCAUUUUACGAGCGGUAAUAUUUUUUCUGUUUUGUUAUGACUUCACUAAAACAUCUGUUCGUCAUUCGCUUUUAUAAUUUUAUAAACGUAUCGCUGUUGAUCUUGAGUUACCUUUAAAUAUUUUUUUUAAAAUCUGCAUACCCAAAGCUUACACCAAGAGCUUAAACAUUUAUGUUUAAAUUAAUGUCUUAUAAACUGUACACGCACUUUAAAAUAACUUAGAAGUUGAGGGAGAGAUCCACUGCGGCUUAAAUGUGAUAUGUUCAGUGUUCGCUGUUUUGUUUUGGCCGGUGAUAGUAUUUAUUCCUGUACGGCUGUACAUAUGUUUUUUUUUGCUUGUAUGAACAUAAAUGUGCACGAAAAGUAUAACCAAUGUCAAUUCAAAUGAUUCAAUUGUUAUAACAAACAAGAGGUAUAAUUCAACUUAACAGAUUGUGUUUUUUUUUUGUUGCUGUACUCAAAGUGCUCUUUCUGAACUGAGAUUGAUUCUUACCCUUAAAGCCUUGUUCAAAACCAAUUAAGUGCAACUCGCAUUGAGCUUAUUUUCUAUCAGAAGCAAAAAAAAUUAAAGAAAUUAAUUUUUCAUUCCGAAAAGAUAAAUAGUUUAAAAAGGGCGGUCUUCAUGACUACCUCUGAUUCUUACAGACACGGCUCACGGAUUCUAAGGUUUAUGAGAUAAGGCGUUAUUGCAUGUUCAUGCGAUACCACAUUUAUAUUUGUCUAAAUUUAAUUCGAAGAAAGGAGUUUGGAAAAGACGUGCACGUUACUUCUUUGAGAAAUGAAUACAAACAUGAAAAGGUCAUACAGAGAUUUUUACGGAGACAAUUUUCACCUUAUGGUGUUCAAAUGGAAUAAUUGUGCAUUAAAUGAAAUCAAUUUAAAUUGCUGUGUAUCAAGUGGUCAAUAAAAGCCGCCUUUUUGACCAAAAAUGUAUUAGUUUCAUUGCUAAAAGCAACAGCUCUAGUCAAAAUAGCAACAAAAUUCAUGUGAAUGACAUUACAACAAUUUUCGAAUAAAGUGAAUAAAAUUUUGCUCUGUUAUUGUAGCAACGCUCAAUUUUACACUCUUUUUCAAAAAAAGAUAUCUGUUCAUUCGAC